UGAAUGUACUCACAAAAUAGGAUUCCAUAUAGUGUUGAUUAAUAUCAAUCAGCAAAUCAGAAGUUCGGAUAUCAAUAAUAGUUUUUGCAAAAACAACGAACAAGACUGACUCAUUCAAAAUAACUAUGGAGGAAGAAAAAGCUGAACUGCCAGUGUUCCGUAUUGGCAAACGACAGCCACUUCUGGUUUAUCCACUUCAUGCGAAAACAAAGCGUUAUCUUGGAAGAAAUUAUGUGGAAUAUAGCAAAUUAAAAAUUACACCAUUAUCUGCUGCAGUCAUCUGCCAGCAGAAAUCAACAACAGUAUCAUCAACAGUAUCAGUAACAAAGUCUUCAACAGUAUCAUCAACAGUAUCAGUAGCAAAGUCUUCAACAGUAUCAUCAACAGAAUCAGUAACAAAGUCUUCAACAGUAUCAUCAACCUCCUACUACAAAAAACCUCAGUACUUUGAGAGAAAUAGAUUUGAUCAUACAUAUGCUUCACCAUUUCCAUCAGCAGCUGCAAAAGCAUCAGCUUCCAAGAAAAAAAUGUCCAAGUAUUCUAAGAGAAGGAAAUCUGCUCAAGUGGACAUCCCAAUUCCAGUUUCUUCUGCUGCAGAAUCAGUCACCUGCGAAGAAAAGUCUGAGCAUUCUGUUUCAAUGUCCUCUUCAAUCGCAGCAGACAAAAGAAAUUCUGAGCUUAUGAAAUUUGUUCCUGUACACAUUCCUAAAGUUCCAGUUUCUUGUGCAGCAACAUUAACCACAUGUCAGGCUUCUGAAAUUUCCACCAGGUAG